CAUUGCAGAAUGCGAUAAUCGCUUUUAACUUUGUGUACUAAGUUUUAAAGUUUCCGUCGAUCGAUAAAUGGACGCAUUACACACAAAAGAAUGUUAGUUUAUGUCUGACCGACGGUUAUUUUUAUCAUAUUGAGUUUAUUACAAAAAUACGAGUGUACAAGUUUCAUUUCUCAUUUAAUUUUGAUACCACAUAAACGUAUUCGUGAUUUUUGUUUGUGAAUUUGAAUCUCUAUGUGAAAGUCCAGUGUGCACUGUGUGCAUUUAUUAAAAAUGGUUUACUAUAAGGGAAUAAUGAUCUGUGUGCCUUUGUAUAUUGCGGGAACAUUCCUUCUUGGCACUACAGUAGCAAUUGCAUUGUUUGUGUUCCAUGUAGCCAUGGUGCCUAUGAUAUUCAGAUACUCUAAGACAUUCAGACGUAACUUAGUUUUUCUUAAUUUUGUUCAAUGGCCAUUAUACACAGACUUUGAAGAACCAUCGUCCAAUGGGAUUGAUGGUGGACGAAAUUUCACCAUCGAGUACCACUCGAAAGUUGAUAAUUGCCCAAUACGAAUUGGAAUAUGGCAUAUAUUACCAAAAUCAGUAUACGAGAGACUUAAAAACAAGUUUGAAGGCAACGUGGAUAAAGAUAAGCUGAACAAAUUGCUGGAUGAUGAACUGGUCAACUCCCAAACUCCAAUCAUGAUGUAUUGUCAUGGUAACUCCAAUUCGCGCGCGACUUCUCAUAGGCUGGCACUGUACAAGUUCUUUCAGCGAAUGGAUUAUCACACUAUAGCUUUUGAUUAUAGAGGUUAUGGCGAUUCGACAAAAGUGAUGCCUUCAGAAAACGGUGUGGUAGAAGACGCUCUAGUCGUGUACGAAUGGUUGCAGUCAACAAUCGAGAAGGCGGUAUUAAAACCUGCCGUGUUCGUUUGGGGGCACUCCUUAGGUACGGGUAUAUCCUCCCACAUGCUGGGCAAGUUGGAGCCUCUGUCGAGGACACUAUUGGAGCGCCAGACUUCGCUGCCGCCCCCCAAAGGCCUCAUUCUCGAAGCACCCUUCAACAACCUAGCUGAUGAGGUCAAAUAUCAUCCACUGGGCAAGUUGGUGCGGUGGCUGCCGUACCACGAGGCGUCGUUCUGUGCGCCGUUCCGUCGCGCGGCCGAGCCGGCCUUCAGGACCGACGAACACCUGGAGGACGCCCGGAGGCUGCCCGUGCUGCUGCUGCACGCGCGCGACGACCUGGUCGUGCCCGUCAUAGUAGGACGCAAGCUAUAUAAAUCUCUAUUGGCAUCUCGCUCUGAAGGCGGGGCGACUGUGAAGCUUCACGAGUAUGACAAGAAAGAAAACCUCGGUCAUACAUGGAUAUGUCACGGUGGUGACCUGCCAGAAGUGGUAGGGGAAUUUGUCAAUGGUCAUCGAUAACUCAUUAGGGAUGCAACGCAAUAACUUUUAAUGACGUAAUAUAUUAUUAGCGCACGUAUACUACCGUCCAAGGCCAUAUAUUAGCUAUUUUUAUAAAUAAAUGACGUCACAACUACUGGUACAAUAAAAGUAACCCUAUUCUCUUAUACAUAAGAACUACAAUUUUGUAAAGUCAUUUUGAUUGUUUAAAUGUGUCACUAUCAAUGUUAUGGGAAUACAAAUAAUACGUGAAAAGUGUUAAUUGUAAAGGGUAUAUCAAACCAAAAACCAGUGAUAGUAUUCACAAAUAUAUUGCGGGUUCGAUUCCUCGCACGGUACAAACACUUGUCUUCAUGAAUAUGAUUGUUUGUAUCGGCCUGGAAGUUGUGUAUAAUAAUUACAUUACAGUUGUCCAGUGUCCAUAAUACAAGCUCUACUACGUUUGAGACUAGAUGGCGCUGUGUCAAUUGCCUUGAGAUAUUAAAAAAAAUGGGUUUUGUUUUAGUACCAUUUACGAUUAACUCUGUAUUUAUUAAGUUCAUACAUAUAUUCCAUUGAAAUUGUUUGUCUAUCUGUCUGUAUGAACAGGAGGGUUUUGUAUGUAAUAAUUUUAUAAGUGUAUAACUUAUUAUUAUUUACUUAUUUAGUAUCUAAUAUUUAGUUACUCCGUUUUUUCGAUAAAAUUUAUCGAACAUAUGUUAUAUAGGUGUAGCGUAGCAGUGGGUAAUUUUAAGAUUACUUUCAGAACCACAUAGGGCAGGUUCGAUUCCAAUGUUCUAUAUUAAAUUUAAAUAUAUUUAUUUGUAAGCAGCAGGUUCUGUUCUUAUUAAUAAGUUCAAACGUUUGUUUACAUUACUCUGUACUCACAAAUGUAGUCUCUGGUCUGUUUUUUAAUCCCGUAGACAAAUUUGAUAUUACCAAUGUUGCCAGGUAUUUGCUAUUUUUAAAUAGGGAUGUGGCACUAUCGGAAAUAUGAAUUACCCAUUUUUAUAGGAUACUCAGAAAUAAUGUUUGAGUGUUUAUUUAAUAUUGUAAAAAUUACUAUAUAUACGGAAACUACAAACGUGUACUAUUUAUGUUAUAUAAUACAACGACAGUAAUUGAAACAUUAGUAUAUGUACGUAAAUUUUUAAAAUUUGUUGUAGAAAAGUCAUGUAAAGCUUUAAAACUAAUAUGUUAAAAUAAAAAUUUCCGAUUAAACAAAUCGGUAUCACAGGUACACCACUACCCCGCAUUAGUGUACAAUUAUAUACAUGGUAAAAUUUAGUCUUCGGGAUUAAAAAACAAACUAUAGUUGAUAUUGUAAAUAACAAAAUAUGACAUUAUUAUUUAUUUAAUUUACUAUUUUACAUAUAUUUAGUUAAUAAUAAUUACUUCAUAUAUAUUUCAAAUAAUAAUGACAAAUAACGCCGGUUAAAAUUCAUAUUGGAUAAUUUUUUUUUAGUUCCGACGGUCGCUGGUUCGAUUCCUCGCACUAAUAUUUGUAUCCAUAAGUAUGAUUGGUGCUAUUAUUGGUCUGGAUGUUUUUAAAUGUAUUUAAGUAUUUAUAUCAGUUUACCAACCAGAAACUAAAAUACCAUCCUGAUAAUCUGGAUGAAUGGCGGUCCUCCAUAGUGCGGUUUUCUGGAAACUUUCUGCCACGCACAACCACAUUGUGGAAUCACCUUCCAAAAUUGAUAUUUCCGAACCAAUACGAUAGUGAAAUCAAGAAAAAAGCUUAUUCCUUCUUAAAAGGCCAGCAACGCAUUUGCAAUUUCAAAAUCUUGCGGGUGCUAAUAGGCAGCGGUAAUCACUUAUCAUCAGGUGAUCCGCAAGCUCAUUUGUCCUUUAUGCUAUAAAAAAACAAACUGUUUAACUUUAGACUGGAUGGUUCUGUCCCGGUAUAUUAUUCUUAUAUUUAUUCGUGUAUUUUAUUAUAUCACUCAUUUAUGUUUUACUAACUUUUACAAAUUGACCAUUUUUGACCGAAAUAUAAAGUAGGCUAUAUGCUUCAUCACAAAUGCUUCUUAUACACAACAUUUUAUUAUAAUUACAAUAGGGAUAAGUCCACCUUUGCUCACAUUGUCUUUAAAAUACUAUUCUACUAUAUUUUCUGUAAACUUCGCUCUUUUUUUAUUAUACUCAAUACUAAGUACUUAGAUUUGAAAAGAGCGGCUGCAGCGUACAUUCCAAUGUGUACUUUAAUACCUUAUAGCUAAAGUUGUGUUUUAAAGUGCCUUGCGCAGUGAUAUAUUCCUAUUCGUGACUAUUAAAACGCAUUUUAUAAUUAUGUAUAUAUAUAUACUUUAUAUUGUAACAUUCCAUAUAUUGACUAAGGUUGUAACUGUGAGCUUUAAAUUAUAAUAAAGUUGCACAAGAUUUAAAAUGUAAUUAACACAGUUAAGAUUUCAUUGUCAGAUUGAAUUGGUUAUUCAAUCUGACAGUGAAAUCUUUACACUAACAUUAAUACUCAAGUUAAUAAUGAUAAGAAUAAUAAGAUG